AUGUCUGGUUGCGGCUGGACGAGUGGACGGAGGAAGCGGAGUGAGGAGGCGGUAGAACAAGCAACAAAGGAAGCGCUGGUCCGCGAAUGGUCGCUAGAUACCAAAGACGAUCCGAUCAUCGAUCCACGGCCAAGGGUCAGAGUCAGCCAGGUUCCACGUUGGGGCAGGGGACCGCAAGCGUGUAUGAGACUUGAGAGACUCGAGAGUCGAGAGGAGGCUGGAGCCAGAUCGUUGUGGAGAGUCGGGUCGUUUGACUCGUUGGAGCAGAAGAACAGCAGCAGAAGUGUGCCAGAACUUCCACGAAGAGGAGAAGAAGCCGGUGUUUCAGCCGCGUUGCGAACUGGCGACGAGACGAAGAAGAGAAAACACUACGCCGGACGGGGACUAGCGCGAUUCCGACCAGGUCGUGGCAGGGCUUGGCCAGGCUUGGCAGUCAGCAUCAAGGGCAAGAGGGCAACGACGUUGUUCCACACCAUUCCCCUCCAUAAGCAAGUGUUCGUCCUUGGUGUCCCAUAUUCUUUUGCCUCUGCAAAAACCUCUCUGCAAAAACAUCUCUCCAGAGAUACCUUACCUUACCUACCUAAGUACCCAGCCAUUCUCUGCGAAUAUGGUGCGUGCUGCUACUGCACUGCACUGCCAACACCUCUCCUUCUGCCCCUGCUGCUCCUCCUGCUAGAAGUGGAGCACAUCCAUGGAUCUGACAGAGAUGAUAGAAUAAUAAUCAGCAGCGUUGCAACAUCACUACCCUGCCCGGAGUUUACCCUCCAUGCAUGCCCAGCCGUGUAUGCAUGGACACGUAGAUACGCACCUCUUUCCCACCAUGGCGGCUGGUGCUGGUAUGGUAUCUAG